GAAGAACCUUCCAAUCUCCUCUGGGCCAUACCAGGAGGAGCCAGCAGGAGUCAUGGAGGACCAGCCACCCUCAGCAAAAGCUUCCAAAGUGACAAACAAAGUACCCUUUGAACUGCAUCCCCGAGCAGAUGCCAUCCGCUCCAAGCUGAUCUAUACUUUCUAUCUGAUCGACUAUCUGCGGGGGCUAGGUAGUGCUAUUCCACGCCAUAACAUGCGAGAUUUCCUGGACCAUCGGAAGCUAAAGAAGUUGAUGGUCACAGACCAUCACCAGCUGGUGCGCUUCAAUGUUGUGCCCAGACGGAAUAUCAUGGUCACCCGAGAGACACGCUGCCGUAACCGUAUCCGCGUGCGCUGCAGCCGCUGGCCCCCUGUCGCCAUGUGGGCUUAUUCAGUCCUGAACAGCCAAAUCUUCAAAGUGUUCAUGAUCUGCCUCAUCUGCCUGAACAUGGUGGUCCUCAUGAUCUUAGUAGAGAUAGUGGAUAACUUGGAGGACCACUUUGUGAAAAUGAGGAUAGCAAUGGAGGUGAUCAUAUGGGUCAUUAUCCUCAUCUUUUUGACGGAAAUUGGGCUGAAUUGGGCUGUUAGCUUUCAGGAUUAUUGUAAGAACCCCUGGAAUGUCUUUGACUGCACAGUCACCAUCAUAUCCUUUAUCCCUGAGUUGAUAUGCCUUGUUGAAAAGAAGCACACCAAGGCUACCAGAUACUUCCUCCAGGUUUGCCGUGUGCUGCGUGGCUUAAAGCUCUUCCCUAGACUCCGGCAAAUCAAGAUCCUCAUUAUGGCCCUCUUCAAAGCAAUGAAAGCCAUGAGCUUCAUCCUGGUGCUCCUCGUCUUCUUCUUCUAUAUUUUUGCUGUCUCGGGCAUUUUCUUCUUUGAGGGCUACACUCGCUCAAACCAGCAGGACCUAGAGUACAACAAUUAUUUUAAAGAUAUGCCCAAUUCACUGGUGACCAUCUUCAUUCUCUUCACCAUGGACCAUUGGUAUGCUCUGCUGCAGGACACGUGGAAGGUCCCAGAGAUAAACAAAGUAAUCAGUGGCUUGUUUAUCUGGAUAUGGCUCCUCAUUGGGGCAUUCAUCUUCAGAAACCUCAUGGUGGCCACCAUGGUCACCAAUUUCCAGACCAUUCGGAAUGAACUGAGUGAGGAAAUGCAGCAGAUUGAGACUCAGCAGAAAGCUGACAAAUUUAAGCUGGAACUGCAGGAAAAGAAGUUCAGCUUACCCCAGGUGCAGGACAUGAGCCUUGGGCCAUCCACAAUAUACAGCUUGCCAGAAGUCGAUGCUGGGCCUCUGGAUUGGGAAACAUAUAUCCACAAGAACCUGCCAGGGCUAUACGAGGCUGAUGAUGACGAGCAGGUCAUUUGGCCACGUGACUCCCUCUUCCGCUACUUUGAGCUGCUGGAGAAGCUGCAGUAUAACCUGGAUGAGCGCAAACAUUUGCAGAAUUAUGCCGUCUUGGCUCUGUCCAACCUGGAGGACAAGUAGUGAUGGCUUCUGAAGGACCAAGAAGCUGCCAGUGUGGGCUCCUCCUCACUUACUGAGCCAGCACAACCAAAACCUGUGGGAACUCAACAGUUUACCUCUCACAUUGUCCUCCUUACCAGUCUGUGGUUCUCCAGCUGUUGCUAGACUACAAGUCCCAUCAUCCUUGACUCUUGCCCAAGGUGGCUGGGACAGAUGUGAUCUGCAGUCUAGCGACAUCUGGAUAGACACAGUUCCCUGCCCCUGAUUUAUGUGGCUAUACAUUAUUAGACUGGAACUGCAUGGAAAGAUCACACCACCACCUGGUCUGCAGGUUUUGAUCACUUUUUGAUGCCUCUAGGGUUUCAUAGCAUUGGUGAGCCAGGCACACCAGGGUGCACCCUCAAAUGCCACAUUCUCCUGUGGGCCAGACAGACAUCUGUUCUGCACAUAUGUAAUAUCUGAUAUACAAGAAUAAAAUCCCCCAUACCCCAGAAAAUUGGGCA